AUGGCUUCACUCCUCAAGUCUCUCCUCUCAUCGCGCACCGCAGUCUUCACCUCAGCCUUCUUCCUUCGAGCCGUCCUCCUCGUCUAUGGCAUAUAUCAGGACUCGGUUUCUGCACUGAAAUACACGGACAUCGACUAUUACGUCUUCACCGACGCCGCCCGAGCCGUGUCCCGGCAUUCGUCCCCCUAUGACCGUGCCACAUACCGAUACACUCCCCUUCUAGCAUGGAUUCUGCUACCAACCAGCUGGGGGGGGCUGUGGUUUCAUUUCGGCAAAGCGCUGUUUGCUCUGUCUGAUCUCAUCGCUGGAUGGCUCAUCCUGAGGCUCUUGAAGAGGCAGGGUUUGGAAGAGCACCGGGCAUUGAAAUAUGCCGCCGUGUGGCUGCUGAACCCGAUGGUCGCAAACAUCAGUACACGCGGAAGCAGUGAGGGUCUCCUCUGCGUUCUGGUCAUGGCUCUACUCUGGGCGUUCGAGACCAAGAAAACGAUUCUGUCAGGACUGCUGUUGGGAACUUGUGUCCAUUUCAAGAUAUACCCUUUCAUUUACGGAGCGAGCAUGCUGUGGGCGCUGGAGACCUCUUCUUCUGCAACAAACAUAUUCCAAGUUGUGUUACAAUUCCUCAACGGCAGACGCAUUUUGCUCCUUUUGACCUCGAUAUCAACCUUUUCAGCGCUCAACCUGCUCAUGUACAAUAUCUACGGCUUUCCCUUCCUCCAGCACACUUUUCUCCAUCACUUGACCCGAAUCGACCACCGGCACAAUUUCUCCCCCUACAAUACCCUUCUCUACCUCUCCUCCGCGCAGUUAGCGAACCCAACACUCGCAAACCUGCGCUCAUCAAUCUCCUUCGAGUCCUUCGCAUUCAUCCCCCAACUUCUAUUGUCCACCAUCCUCAUUCCCAUUUGUCUGGCAAAGCGCGAUCUUCCAACCACCAUGUUGGCCCAGACCCUGGCUUUCGUGACGUUCAACAAAGUCUGCACCUCGCAGUAUUUUCUCUGGUACCUCAUCUUUUUGCCACUUUACCUGCCCAAUUCGUCACUACUCGCGAGGCCUUCUCUGGGGAUAACGGCAUUGGCGCUAUGGGUUCUCGGGCAGGCGAUAUGGCUGCAGCAGGGCUACCGGCUUGAGUUCUUGGGAAAGAGCGCUUUUGUCCCCGGCCUGUUCGCGGCAAGUCUUGCCUUCUUCGGGAUCAACUGUUGGAUAUUGGGGGUCGUGGUGGGCGAUGUGGUGGACAAGCCGACAGGUUCGACGGUGACCACCGCCGCUCAACGAGAGCGGGAACCCUCAUUCUCCCCGAUAACAGCCUCAGGAGAAGGGUCCACCCCGAGUGUCUCUGAACUGAAGGCGAGGUCAAGCCGCGACAGGCCGCGUGGGAAUGCCAGCAUCGACACGAGUGGGAUGGCCAAUGUGCAUUUGGGGCCGCGGGAUCGAGUGUUGAAAAGCAACUGA